CGUGCAGACGGAUACAAUAAGAACAUAAGAUUUAUUCCUACACCUAAUAAAAUUCCAUAUUCAACGCCAACAAUCAAGCAGAAUAAGAAGGUCACAAACAUUGGAAUCAAAUCCUUUUUACUGGUAGAAUGGAUUCCGGUGAUACUGAUUUAAAAAAGACAUUUGAUAUAGAGCAGAUGGCCUUAAUCGGCAAGAUGCAUAAUAUGCAGUGGCUAAAAAGUAAUUCUCAGUUAUCAGGCCACACAAAAACACUUCCAGAUGAGAAAGAAACAGUAAAUAAUACAGUUAAAAGUGAAGUAAAUGAAGGAACACAAGAGGAGAAUGAAGUUAUUUCAACUCCUUUAAAUAAUUCUGAAUUAAAUAAAAUUGAUUCUGUUUUAAACAAAGAUACAAAUGAAAACGAUAACACAGUAAACAAGGAUAUAGUUCAAUCACCUUUGAAAGUGGUUGAUUCUCCUCAGAAAGAUAUGGAAACAGUUUGGAAUAAUGAUGUUGAUGUAACUAAUACGCUAUUUUCAAACUCUCAAUCUGUGGUAACACAAAAAGUGGAUGAACAAGAAGUGAUCAAUAUGUCUGCAAUGAAAAGCAUUGUUACUGUUCAAUUGGAACAACUUAGGCUUAACAAAGAGGAAAAUCAUAAAUCUGACGAAUCACGUAAUGAAUGGGAUAAUGACCAGCAUAAUAUAUCAAAGUCAAACAGUGACGUAGAUAAUCAAGUAAGCUCAAAGCAAUGUCAUGAUAACAAUAAUAAUAAUGAGCAAUCCAAAAGUCAGUCAUCACUGGAAACAAAGAUAAAUAUACAGAAGACAACUUCAAAAAUUAAUACUAAAAGAUUAAGUGACCAAAAAAUUAAAAAACAAAUAGGUAACUCUUUAAAAGAAUCUUGGAACUCGAAACAUGGUUCUAAAUCUAAGGAUGACUUGUUCAAUUUAUGUAAUGAUAAUAUUGUAACCUCAACUUCUAUGGAUCCAAAAAGAAUAGCUGUAGGGACAACAUCUAAGCUUAAUGAUAAAUAUAACAAAGUCAAUAGUUACAAUAAAAAUUUAAUCGCAGGAAAAGGGACACGAAUGAAAGAGCAACAAUUUUUUAAACAACAUUUUUCUACAUUUAAUGAUAGUGGUAAUAAAAGCAGAUCCAUAGAAGGAUUAGAUGAGAAAAGUAAAUCUGUUACAACAAAAUUAAAACCAAGUGGAAGUGAAUUAGACAAAAAAAGCAAUGAAGUGGAUGACAUAAAAAAAUGUCAUAAGGUUGAAGUGACACGCACUCAAUCAUAUAAUGUCCAAUACAUUAGGAAUAAAUCUUUAAUAAAAUCACAGCAACGAUAUUCAAGAAAUACAACUAAGCCAGAAGAAAAUAGUUGUAUUAAUAAUCCAUCUGGCUUUAAUAACAGUAUUAAUGUGUCUAAUUCAACUGAGAACGUAUCAAGAAAGAAAUGUGAAACACAACAAUCUUCAACAAAUAAACAAAUUAGCAAUAUACAAUCCAAUCAGAACGCUUUUGGAAAAGGUACAAAGAAUUCAAAUAUUACAGACUGCAACACAAAUGAAAGGAAUUCAAUAAAGUCAAACUCGAUAUCAAAUAAACGAAAUUAUCCCAAUUUAUCUAAUGCAAAGAAUAGUAAUGAAAGAAAUAUUAGAGAUGAUCAGGCAUACAAUCAGAAAUUUAAGAAAGAUUCAAAUAUUUAUAGGCGAUCUUCAGGUGUUCUUCAGACAUACUUUAAGGAUGUAAAUGGAAAAACAAAAACAGAUGAUCACAAAAGAAAUAUUACGGAUAAUAACAUAACGAAAGAUUACAGAGUAAAUCAUAUUAAUUCAGGAGAUGGAAGAAUGCGUUCUCAAUCUAAAGGCUCAAAAAUAACUGUAUUCUCUCAUAAGACAAGUAACGGUGCUAGUAAUACAAAGACUGAUGCAUUAGAUUCAACUGCUAUAAAUAAUGUACAGUCUAUAAAUCCAUUAAAUUCUUUUUCGAAUAGUACCAAAGAUUGCACAGGUAUAUAUACAUCAUCUCAUACACCACAAGAAUCACAGAUUUCACAAGCUUCUUGUAAUGGAACUGAAGUACAAUUUGUGAAGACUGAACAAGAAGAUACUAGUAAUAAUAAUAGCAAUAAUAAAACAAGUACUAGUAAUUCAGAAACGAAAUCAGUUAAAUUUUUAGAUAACAUUCAAGAAUUUAAUAUGUCACAUCAUUCUGCAAUAUCAUAUUCUGAUAAUUCCAUACAUCAAAACAAGCUCCCAGCAAAUUCGUUGUAUUCUGAUUUACAGAAUAUAUCACAUUCAAAUAAUGCUCAACAAAUUGAAAACCAUCAAAAUGUAGAAAAUAAAAGUUAUUUUGAUAAUACUAAUUCUCAAUAUAAUAAUACGACCACCAACAACCAGAACACUGAACGAGAUUUACAUAUUAUGGAUUUAGUGCAUCAAAAACCAGAACAAAUGUCGCAUAUAUCACAACAAAAUGUAUUACCACAUCAUAAUUCCAAUCCAACUAUCACUAUGGGAAAUGGUUUACCGUAUCAGAAUAUGCCUGCUGUCUAUCUAAAUCACUAUAACAAUACACAAACUGUACCAAGAAAAACAGCCGACAGUACAAUUAUCCCUCAAAAUGUUAUAAUUCCAAGUACUUCUUCUUACACUGUAGAGAAUCAAAACAUGUUGCAAACUGAUCCUUCCAACAUUUUAAUGCAUAAUACUCAAACAUCGGUUAUACCUCCACCAGGUUUUCACAAUCAUCCUAUAACUACGCAGCCUAAUCAGUGGAAUUUGCCUCUACCUGAUGUGUUUCUUUUUGGAAAUAUGAUGAAUCCUCCGCAUUCUUUGAACAUACCAAUGCAGAAUUCCAGAAACAUGUGCAACACAGAUUUCAACAACAUUCAACAACCAAGUUAUUUGCAACAACCAUUAUUUUACGUUCCACCGAUGUGCAUGCAAAGUUGGAAUCCCAUGAUACAGUAUCCAGCACGAUUAUACCAAAAUCCUCCAUAUAACAAUUGCACAACAUUUCCAAAUCAAGUAUUACCAACAAACACUUUGACAGACUCUAUGAAUUGCCCUGUGUCAACGUCUGUACAGAACAAUCUGUAUAAACAUUUCCAGCAGGUGCAACCCAUGGAAAAUGCUCCGAGCUUUUCUGUUCCUAUAAAACUUGACAAUUACAUGGGAAAUGUGCAAGGUUGUAAAACGAAUAAUGUCAGAAUGAAGGAUAAUACUGUAGACGUUCACAUGAGACCUAGUCAGUAUCGACCACUUGUGCCAAACGAAUAUCAAAAUUGUUCUCAAGAUAAUCAGUUGAUGGUACCGUUCUCGUACGCGGUUACAAUGGACCCUAAGAAUGGCCCGUCGAAUAUGCACAUGCAAGUGAAUCAGAAAUACGAUCCAUGCGGUUUUGCUACCGGUUAUCAAAGAAUUCCAGAGUCUUGUUCUGUGUUUCACAAUAAUCAGUACCCCAACAGCAGAAAAGAUGAUGUAUCAAAAAAUACUCCUGAAUGUGUACCACCUAUGGUGUCGCCAAGAGAAUGUAUGUACUACGGAGUUAAUUACUCGCGAAAGACUGAUAAUAUGCAAAAUUCAACCAUACGGUCGGACGUAAAACCCAUAACAUACAACAUGCAUCCGCAGCAUUACGUACCUCAUUUUCAAAAAAAUGCAACUUACCAUACGUUGCCGAAGGAACUUUCGUCGAGGGUAAACAUGGGACGUGGUAUGCGCAAAAUGGAUCAG